UCUGUGGGACAACGGCCCUUUAAGAGCCAGGUGCGGGUCAAGCACAGAGCAGUUUCAGUUCUGGCAGCAGUAACCUGUGCCUUGCUGGAAGCUUCUAGAAGGGAAGGGGCACACACUGACUGGCAGCCUGUGAAACUGGAUCAUCUGGAGAGAAGGAAGUGGCUAAAACAUCUCACACACGAAGACAACUUGAAUGGCAGAACCCCCUUGGAAGCCACCAGCAAUGAGGUUCUGCUUCUUCAGCAUCCUAUUAGCUGCCUUCCCAGUGGUGUCCACAAAAAGCCCCAUAUUUGGUCCCCAGGAUGUGAGCACAGUGGAAGGUAAAUCGGUUUCCAUCACGUGCUACUACCCAGCCACCUCUGUCAACCGGCACGCCCGGAAAUACUGGUGCCGGCAAGGAGCCAGCGGCCUCUGCACAACCCUCAUCUCCUCAAAUGGUUUCAUCUCCAAGGAGUAUGCUGGCAGAGCCACCCUCAUCAACUUCCCAGAGAACAACACAUUUGCAGUCAACGUCGAACAGCUCACCCAGGAUGACACUGGGAGCUACAAGUGUGGCCUGGGCACCAGUAACCGAGGCCUGUCCUUUGACGUCAGCCUGGAGGUCAGCCAGGCUCCUGAGCUCCCAGCCGACAUUCACGUCUACACAAAGGACCUGGGCAGAAAUGUGACCAUCGACUGCCCUUUCAAACGGGAGAACGCUCACAGCAAGAAAUCCUUGUGUAAGAUGACAGGCGAGACCUGCGAACUUGUCAUUGACUCUACUGAGAAUGUAAACCCUAGCUAUAAGGGAAGAGCCACACUUUUUAUGAAAGGGACCAGCCAGGUAUCCUUUAGUGUCACCAUUACUCACCUCAGACUCAGUGAUGCUGGAUUGUAUGUUUGCCAGGCUGGGGAAGAUCCUACUGCUGAUAAAAAGACUGCCAACCUCCAGGUGCUAGAACCUGAGCCAGAGCUGGUUUAUAAAGACCUGAGGUCCUCGGUGACUUUUGAAUGUGCCUUGGGCCGAGAGGUGGCAGAUCAGGCCAAAUAUCUGUGCCGGAAGAACAAGGAAACUUGUGAUGUGGUGAUCAACACCCUGGGGCAGAGGGAUCCGGCCUUUGAGGGCAGGGUCCUGCUAACUCAAAGAGAUGACAACGGCCGUUUCAGUGUGUUGAUCACAGGCCUGAGGAAGGAAGAUGCAGGGUACUACCUGUGUGGGGCCAACAGUUCCAGUCUGCCUCAAGAAGUCUCGCCUAUCCAGGUUUGGCAGCUCUUUAUCAAUGAAGAAUCUACCAUUCCCGCUAGUCGUCCUGUUGUGAAGGGUGUCGCAGGAGGCUCUGUGGCCUUCGUGUGUCCUUACAACCCCAAGGAAAACAGCAGCCUCAAGUACUGGUGUCGCUGGGAAGGGGAUGGAAAUGGACACUGCCCGGUGCUUGUGGAGAGCCAGGGGCUGGUACAAGAAGAGUAUGUGGGCCGGCUGGCCCUGUUUGAUGGGCAAGGCAUUGGUACCUACACUAUCAUCCUCAACCAGCUCACCUCCCAGGAUUCUGGCUUCUAUUGGUGCCUCACCGAUGACUCUAACUGGAGAUCCACAAUAGAACUCCAGGUUGCUGAAGGGAAGCCAAACCUCGAGGUGACACCACGGAACGUGACUGCUAUAGCAGGAGAGGCCCUCACGCUCUCCUGCCACUACCCAUGCAAUUUCUACUCCCAAGAGAAAUACUGGUGCAAGUGGAGCAACAAGGGCUGCCACGUCCUGCCGAGCCAUGACGAAGGUGCCCGCCAGGCCUCUGUGACCUGUGACCGGAUCAUCUCCAUGACCCUGAACCCAGUCAAGAAGGAAGAUGAAGGCUGGUACUGGUGUGGGCUGAAACAAGGCCAGGCCUAUGGAGAAACUACAGCCAUCUAUGUAGCAGUCGAAGAGAGGACAGGGGGGUCACGCCAUGUCAGCCCACCAGAUGCAAACGCACAUGCAAACGUUGCUCCUGAGGAAGAGGUAGUGGAAUCCAGUGCCAGUGAGCAGGAGAACAAUGUCGUUCUGAACCCCAGGCUCAUGGCAGAGGAAAAGGUUCAGAGUGUGGGAGACCAAGCUCCUGAGAACAGAGCAGCUGUGGACGCUGGCAGUGCUGAUGGACAACAAGGGAGCUCCAAAGUGCUGCUCUCCACCAUGGUGCCCCUGGGUCUGGUGCUGGCAGUGGGUGCUGUGGCUGUGUGGGUGGCCAGAGUCCGACACAGGAAGAAUGUGGACCGGAUGUCGAUCAGCAGCUACAGGACAGACAUUAGCAUGGCAGACUUCCAGAAUUCCAGGGAUUUGGGAGGCAGUGACAACCUGGGGGCCUCUCCAGACAUUCAAGAAACAGUCCUCGAAAGAGGAGAUGAAAUCGUGACUACCACUGAGACCACCACUGAGCCAGAGGAAUCCAAGAAAGCAAAAAGGUCAUCCAAGGAGGAAGCUGACAUGGCCUACUCAGCAUUCCUGCUCCAAUCCAGCAACAUCGCUGCACAGGUCCAUGAUGGACCCAAGGAAGUCUAGGUGGCACUAACAGCCUACCCCUGCCUGUGACAAUCAACUAGAGAAUCACACUGAUCCACUCACAGCCUGCGUUCACCCAUCACCUAGGCUUUUCCCUCCUGUUCUCAGAGGUGUGCUGGUCCUUU